UCCCUCCUUCCUCCCCUCCCUCCUUCCCCGCUGCCAGUUUCUGUACAACUAGUACACACGCACGCAGAGGCAGGGUCCCGGCCGCGGCGGCUGCCAUGGAUAUCAGCUAAAGCGGCGGCCGCCGGGCGGGCAGGGCAGGGCAGGGCAGAGGCGCUCCCGUGCCCCUCCGUCGCCCCGCGGGGCCGCGGCCAGCGGUGCCACCCAGCCGGCCGGCGCCGGCCGCAGCCUCCCCCUUCCCUUCCCUUCCCUGCGCUGCGCGCCGCUCCCCGCCCCGCCCCGGCCCCCCGGAGAGGAGCCCGGCGCAAGGGGGGUGGGCAGGAAAGAAAUAGGAACCAAAUAGCGAGAGGGAGUCGGGCAGCGCAUCCCCACGGCAAUGUCCAAGGGCUUGAAGAAGAAAAGCCACUGGACGAGCCGAGUCCACGAGAUUGUCAUAGUGAGGAACCAGGAGGGGCAGCUGGGCUUCGAGCUGAAGGGGGGCGCCGAGAACGGGCAGUUCCCCUACCUGGGCGAGGUGAAGCCCGGCAAGGUGGCCUAUGAGGGCGGCAGCAAGUUAGUGCCGGAGGAGCUGCUGCUGGAGGUGAACGAGACCCCCGUGGCCGGGCUCACCAUCAGGGACGUGCUGGCCGUGAUCAAGCACUGCAAGGACCCCAUCCGGCUCAAGUGUGUCAAGCAAGGAGGCAUUGUUGAUAAGGACCUUCGUCACUACCUCAAUUUACGGUUCCAGAAAGGUUCGGUAGACCACGAGCUCCAGCAGAUCAUAAGAGACAAUCUCUACCUCCGCACAGUGCCAUGCACCACAAGGCCACAUAAGGAGGGAGAAGUCCCUGGUGUGGACUAUAUUUUCAUCACAGUUGAAGAUUUUAUGGAAUUGGAGAAAAGUGGUGCUCUGUUAGAAAGUGGAACAUAUGAAGACAACUAUUACGGCACCCCAAAGCCUCCAGCAGAACCAGCUCCAUUAUUGUUAAAUGUAACAGAUCAGAUCCUUCCAGGUGCCACUCCUGGGGCUGAAGGCAAGCGUAAAAGGAAUAAGUCUGUGAGCAAUAUGGAGAAGACGAGUAUUGAACCACCAGAGGAAGAAGAGGAAGAAAGACCUGUAGUCAAUGGAAAUGACAUGACAGUAACACCAGAAUCAAGUGAACAUGAAGAGAAGAGUACAGGUGUCUCAGGGGAGGUAUCUUCCACCCAACCUUGUCCUGCACCAGGAUAUACUCAGCCUGAAGAAGCAAAGGAGGAUAUGGAUAUAACGAAGCAGACAAAACCUGAAGAGAAUGAUGAUUUGGGCCCGUUGCCUGAUAAUUGGGAAAUGGCUUAUACAGACAAAGGGGAAGUCUACUUUAUUGACCAUAACACAAAGACAACAUCAUGGCUGGAUCCACGACUUGCGAAAAAGGCUAAACCUCCAGAAGAGUGCAAAGAAAAUGAGCUUCCAUAUGGCUGGGAGAAAAUUGAUGAUCCCAUUUAUGGCACUUAUUAUGUUGACCACAUAAAUAGAAGAACACAAUUUGAAAACCCUGUCCUAGAAGCAAAAAGGAAGCUACAGCAGCAUAACAUGCCCAACGCAGAACUUGGAACAAAGCCUAUGCAGGCCCAAGGUUUCCGAGUAGAAAGCUCCUCAUCAACAUUACCUAGGCCCAAACAUGCUCACCCGCGCCCUGCUCCUCAGAGGUCCCGCAGUGUGAAUGAUCUGUCUCAGUGUCGGCGCGACAAUGCUGGGAUGUACAGGCUGUAUGAAAAACCACUCUUCACCCGCGAUGCAUCACAGCUGAAGGGGACUUUCCUCAGCACAACUCUUAAGAAAAGCAACAUGGGUUUUGGAUUUACCAUCAUUGGUGGGGAUGAGCCAGAUGAGUUUCUUCAGGUGAAGAGUGUAAUUCCUGAUGGGCCUGCAGCACAAGAUGGGAAAAUGGAAACAGGUGAUGUCAUUGUCUAUAUUAAUGAAGUUUGUGUCCUUGGACAUACUCACGCAGAUGUAGUCAAACUCUUCCAGUCUGUUCCUAUUGGUCAGAGUGUCAACUUGGUGCUAUGUCGUGGAUACCCUUUGCCCUUUGAUCCUGAAGAUCCUGCCAACAGCAUGGUGCCACCCCUUGCAGUAAUGGAGAGGCCUCCGGUAGUGGUAAAUGGAAGACAUAACUAUGAAACUUAUUUGGAAUACAUUUCUAGGACUUCUCAGUCUGUUCCAGACGUAACAGAUCGACCACCACACUCCUUGCACUCCAUUCCAGCAGAUAGUCAGCUUGAUAGCACAUUCCCACCACCUGCCCAUGAUGAUAAUGUAUCAAUGGCUUCUUCUGGGGCCACACAAGCUGAACUCAUGACCUUAACCAUUGUGAAAGGGGCCCAGGGCUUUGGCUUCACUAUAGCAGACAGUCCUACAGGACAGAGGGUGAAGCAAAUUCUAGACAUUCAGGGAUGUCCUGGUUUGUGUGAAGGUGACCUCAUUGUUGAGAUCAACCAGCAGAAUGUACAGAACCUGAGCCAUGCAGAAGUAGUGGAUAUACUUAAAGAAUGUCCUGUUGGAAGUGAAACUUCUUUGAUUAUCCAUAGAGGAGGUUUCUUUUCUCCAUGGAAAACUCCAAAGCCUAUGAUGGAAAGAUGGGAGAAUCAAGGCAGCCCUCAAACAAGUUUGUCUGCUCCAGCUAUACCACAGAAUAUUCCCUAUCCACCCACCCUUCACAGGAGUUCAUUUCCUGAUUCAACAGAGGCCUUUGAUCCACGAAAACCUGACCCAUAUGAGCUGUAUGAGAAAUCAAGAGCUAUUUAUGAAAGUAGGCAACAAGUGCUGCCCAGGACUGGUUUUCGAGUGGAUUCCUCAGGUCCCGAUUACAAGGAGCUGGAUGUUCACCUUCGGAGGAUGGAGUCUGGUUUUGGCUUCCGAAUCCUGGGAGGAGAUGAGCCUGGGCAGCCUAUUCUGAUUGGAGCAGUAAUUGCAAUGGGCUCGGCAGACAGAGACGGUCGGCUCCAUCCUGGCGACGAACUGGUGUAUGUGGAUGGGAUUCCAGUGGCUGGCAAAACCCACCGAUACGUGAUUGAUCUUAUGCAUAACGCUGCCCGAAAUGGGCAAGUGAAUCUUACUGUGAGGAGAAAAGUGCUGUCAACGGAGUCCUCCAGCCAGAAAGGUCCCCUUCCACCCGGCGCGACGCCCCCUCGCAGCUCCCCCAGCGCUAGGAAAAUGGCCCAUAACCAAGGAGAACCGUGCCCAGAGAAUGGCAGAAGCCCAGGCUCAGUGUCUACUCACCACAGUUCUCCAAGAAGUGACUAUGCUACUUAUGCUAACAGUAAUCACGCUGUCUCUAGUAGUAAUGCUACACCCCCAGAGGGCUUUACUUCUCACAGCUUACAAACCAGUGAUGUUGUGAUCCACCGCAAGGAGAAUGAAGGUUUUGGCUUUGUUAUCAUCAGCUCCUUGAACAGGCCUGAAUCUGGGUCCACAAUAACUGUACCCCAUAAGAUAGGGCGGAUAAUUGAUGGAAGUCCCGCUGAUCGCUGCGCAAAACUUAAAGUUGGAGACCGGAUCUUAGCUGUGAAUGGCCAGUCUAUUAUUAACAUGCCUCAUGCAGAUAUUGUGAAACUAAUUAAAGAUGCAGGUCUCAGCGUAACACUUCGCAUCAUUCCUCAGGAGGAGCUGAGCAGCCCGGCCUCGGCGCCCGGCUCGGAGAAGCAGAGCCCGCUGGCGCAGCAGCACAGCCCCCUGGCCCAGCAGCACAGCCCCGGGGCGCCGCACAGCCCCCCGCCGCCCCCGCCGCAGCCCCUGCAGCUCCAGGGCCACGAGAACAGUUAUAGGUCAGAAGUAAAAGCAAGGCAGGAUGUGAAACCUGAUAUCCGGCAACCUCCGUUUACAGACUACAGGCAGUCUUCGACAGACUACAGGCAGCCGCCGCUUGACUACAGGCACCCUCCAGUAAUGGACUACCAGCAGCCGCCCCCUCUGGACUACAGGCAGCCGCCCUUGCUGGAUUACAGGCAGCAUUCGCCUGACACCAGGCAGUACCCUCUGUCGGAUUACAGACAGCCCCAGGAUUUUGAUUAUUUCACUGUUGAUUUGGAGAAGGGAGCCAAAGGUUUUGGGUUUAGCAUUCGAGGAGGAAGGGAGUACAAAAUGGAUUUGUAUGUGUUGCGGUUAGCAGAAGACGGACCAGCAAUAAGAAAUGGAAGGAUGAGGGUAGGAGAUCAAAUAAUUGAAAUCAAUGGAGAAAGCACAAGGGACAUGACACAUGCCAGAGCAAUAGAGCUAAUCAAGUCUGGUGGCAGGAGAGUGCGACUGUUGUUGAAACGUGGAACAGGCCAGGUCCCAGAAUAUGACGAACCAAACUCCUGGAGUGCUCCCUCUGCCACCUCCCCAGGUCUGCCGGAAGUAGCUCUUUCCCUCGAUGACAUAAUCUCACCAUUAUCUUCAUCACAUAUAGCCCCACCCUCUGACCCUUCUCACCAGAUAAGCCCAGAACCAACAUGGGAUAUCAAGAGGGAACACGAUGUAAGAAAACCAAAGGAGCUUUCGGUGAACGGUCACAAAAAGAAAAGGUUAGGAGAGCAAAGAGAAAGGUCAGCAAGUCCUAAAAAGGUAGACAGGUCAAAGCAUGAAGAGGCUUCUUGGAAAGGAUAUUCGGAAGGCAAAAAUAAGACCACUGAUGGUGGCAGGCCCACCUCAGAAAGUAAAGUGGUGGGACAUAGCGUUAUGAUCGAGGCGGGCGCAAGAGAGCACGUGUGUGCUGGAACCAGUGAUGAACAGUUUGGGAGGCUGAGGAAGCCGGAAAGCAAGAGAGGAGGAUCUCUUAGCAAAAAAGAAGAUCACAAAUCCGGAAAUACCAGUGAGAAGAAGUCAGCUGCAGCAUCUGACCAUGUCAAGCUUGACACAGGUGCUACCAAGACAUACAGUAGCAAUCGCUGCAGCUCACCUGGAAGUGAUAUGGACCACAGCCAGAGGGACCCUGACGGGAAACCCAGCGAGUUCCCCAGGAAGGGACAUCUCCACUCCAUCAACGCUCGCAGCACCAACACCACAGUUCGAAAGGCAACUGUCUCCCCAGGACCAUGGAAAAUCCCUGGCUCUGACAAGCUACCUAGCGUUCUGAAGGCUGGUACUUCUGCCAUGAGCAGAUAAACAAGGGACUGUUGCCCUCUAACUGUCUGAGAUUGACGCAGAACAUUCUUCUUAGUUUUUGUCUCACAUUGAUUUAUUUUAAUUUAUUUUAACUAUCACACAUAUACACGAAGCAUUGAGGAAUGAAAACAUUAGUGUGCAAUUCCAUGACAAUGUGCACAGUAUCUAGUAAGUUCAAAAGCAUAUAGUCAACACGGAGAUUUAAAAUCGACCCUAAAGUCCCAGUUCCAUUUUAGGGACUUUGGCAGCUAUGGAAGAAACCAAAACAAUAUGAAGGACAGUACAUCAGAGAAGGAUAGUGCAGUGUAGCUUUAGCAUUUUUUUUCCACUGCAUGAAGGACUUGGAUUUCAUUCAAACUUUAUAUCAAGAAACUGGAACAAGUUAGAGCAAUCACAAACUGGAACAUCGCCUUAAAUAAAACUGCACGGAGCAAGCUGAAAUCGAGAAAGGAUCUUUUCAUGGAGCUAAAAUGUUGUAAAUAAAUUGUUCUCAACAUAUCUAGACAGGGGUUAAAGGGUUUCUUUGAAGCAUUUGGAACUGUACACCCAUGACAUGUCUCCACUGUUAACACUUUGAGAUAGUCCACGUGAUACCCUGUAGCAUAGGUCACUGGGAGCUACGGGAGGCGCUGGGAAUCUAGUGGAUUAGUUUCUGUGAUACCAUUUCUACUGCCAUUUUUGUGAACAAACCAUAUUUCUGUACAUUGGAAAGGAGUUAGGGUGGAGUUGUAUUUGCAAAUUAUUCUCAAAAGCAAUUUACUACAGGUUCCCCGAAUACCGCAAGGUAGCACACAAACCAAUUGGUCAGGCUCAAAACGCCGGCAUUUGCAAGGCCCUUACAGCGAAAGGAAGAUUGCUGAAGAGAAAAGCUGCAGUUUCCUUAAGGAAAGGCCUUUCCCUCCUGCAGAAAAUGAUAGCCUCACUUAUCAACAGUGCUAUGUUUCACACCUAUUUGCAUUUAGUUCGGCUACUUUUACAUUCCCUUCCCUCGGUCUGGCAGAGCAGGCGCCUUUACGGCACACGUUAACACUAAAUAGACUGGUUUCUGAAACACAGUGUUUGGUGUCCUCAUUCGGUAAAUUUGAUAUAUUUCCAUUUUCAAAAUGGUUCCCAUUUUAUCAUUUUUUUCCCUACCUCCAUUUUUUUUUUUUUAUUUUAUUUUGGUCUUUUUAUGUUCAUCUUUCUUGCUUGUCUGUUUUGAAUUUCAAGCCUUAAGUGCCAGGUAAACAUUCCAGUCUGCCUUCACAGGAAAUAAUUCCCGGUUCGGUCAGUCAGUCAUCCUGUUUCAAAAAGAUGCCUGUGUGUAUGUGUAAGUGUGCAUAUGCUUAUUCGUCCGUCAAUAUUAAAACAAAAUCCUGGGCAAUAAUACAUUGAUAAUCUAAAAAAAAAAAAAAAAACCUAAGUACUGUCAAAAGUUCAUAUUUAAAAAUAUUGUUCUCUAGCAAUCUUAGUUCUUCAUAUGCUCUGCUCAAAAAUUAGAUUGAGAUUGGCUUCGUUCCAAGAAAUUAGCACAUCACUGUAUGUCUCAAACAUUGCACUGGACUGAGAAAUUUAUAGGCAUGUUCCUUCCUGUCCAAUUAUUUGAAAAGCCUCAAAUAAAGGAUUUUGCAGCUUUCAAACAUUUUUUAAUAAAAAGAUCCAUUUAUAAUUUCUAAAAAAGCACAAGUCCAUGUAGCUGUUUACAAAACUCUUAUUUAAUGAAAAAAAAUCUUUAUCCCCUGAACUAGAAUCCAAUAUAAUUUGCCAUUAAUUUAUUGAAUCUGAUUUUGGACAAUGCUUCUGUAGUGUAGAUGCACGUCCCAGUAUCUUAUUUUUAUGUAUAAAGAAAACAAACAAUGAAAUCUGAAAAACAGUUGAGAUUAUGCUAGCAUAAACUCUAAUUUGCACAGUUCACAGCUACUCCUUGUGCAGUAAUUGCUUUAUGCGGCUGUAAUCGAUAACCUGUGAAGACAGCACAUCAUCUAAACCCCAUUCCAAAUAAUAUUUCUGUGUAGUGUUAGCUGUGAAUUUACCCUGUACAGCUCUAUCUCUAUAAAUAUAAUUCCAUGUAUUAAUAGUCACAGAAAGGCUGUAAGUGAGCAACUAUUUUUAUGAAACGCACCACUAUGGAUAAAUUAACUUUUACAGAAAUCUUGUUUACUGUAUGAUAUUCUAAACCACUGUCAAAUAAAAUAUAUAUCCAAAAAUCUUUUUCUUUCAA